GAGGGAGAAAAGAGAGAAGAAAAGAAAAGAAAAGAAAAGAAAAGAAAAGGGGUUAGGUUAACUGGUUAAGGCUGAAUGGGGAGAAAUGGGGAAGCAAGUGGAGGAGGUCGAAGGGUGAUGAUAACCGGAGUAAGCAAAGGUCUUGGAAGAGCCUUGGCGAUUGAAUUGGCGAAUCGAGGUCACACUGUCAUCGGAUGUUCCCGUUCUGAGGAUAUGCUCUCUUCUCUUCAAUCCCAACUCUCUCCCUCUAAUCCCAAUCACUUGUUCCUCAACGUCGAUGUCAAAUCCAACGACAGUGUUGAAGAUCUCGCACGAAUUGUAAAAGAGAAGAAGAUUGUUCCAGAUGUCAUCGUCAACGGUGCAGGAACCAUAAACAAGAACAACAAUCUAUGGGAAGUUCCGGUGGCGGAGUUUGAUUCGGUGAUGGAUACCAAUGUCAAAGGGACUGCCAAUGUGUUGCGACACUUUAUCCCUCUCAUGCUUGCAAACAAGCAAGGUGUCAUUGUCAACAUGUCUUCUGGAUGGGGAAGGUCUGGUGCAGCACUGGUUGCUCCUUACUGUGCAUCAAAAUGGGCGAUUGAAGGAUUGACCAGAUCGGUCGCAAAAGAGUUGCCGGAAGGAAUGGCAAUUGUGGCUCUUAAUCCAGGUGUCAUCAACACUGAUAUGCUUGCUUCCUGUUUUGGUGCUUCUGCUGCACACUAUCAAUCACCUGAAUCAUGGGCUUUGAAGGCGGCAACCAUGAUCCUCAAUCUCACACCAGCUGACAAUGGUGCAUCUCUCACUGUCUGAGAAUAUACACAGGACGUGACCAACCAACCUCUCCAUUCCAAUCAACCAAUUUUUUUAAUUCUAUCAAUGAUUGAGUAUUGUCAUUAGUGAGAUAUAUGAUAUGAUUGUAAUUUAAUUAGUAUUCACUCAGUUACAGUUUUGUAGACUGCACACAACAACUCCAACCCCCAUCUAGCUGAGCUUCAAGUUUGCUCAUAGCUCUUACAAGUGUUAAUUUGCUCACUAUUGAUGUAGGACAUGAUUUGUCUCCUUUGCAGGCUGAGCCUAUUGCUUAGUUUUAUCCAGGGCUUCUCCCCAACAUGUAACUAUAAAAAAAAAAAAAACUAAUUUUUUUGGAUA